CCGCAACUCGCAGCAGCGUCCCGUCGUCGAUCGACUGGGAGAUGAUCGUCAUGGCCAGCUCUUCCUUGCUCUCGUCGAUGACCUUGGACGAGUUCUCUGGAUCAACGGCACCCCAUGCGCCAUUGACUCGCAGGAUGUACCUCAUCCUCAACGCCCACGCCGCGUAAUUCGUCGUCGUCAGCAUCGGAAACGGCAGCCUCCCUGCUGCCGCAAUCGCGGUCGUCGCCGAGUCGCCCGAGCCACCGGGCACAAUGGCUUUGCUUGGCGAGCUGUCCGCGUCGCGCGGCAUCGUCUUCGUCAUCUCAUGGACCAGAACCGCGUUCUUCGCCGCAGAAUUUGUCAGGUUUUGCAAGCACGGUACCAUAUGGUCUGAUCAGGCUCGGUUUGGCUCAUUUCGUCGAACACGUCGCGGGCACCCUGGAAAUCCCCGGCUUUGCACUUCCUCCACGGCGGGCUCCAAAUCAUCAUCGCCCAGCGCGUCAUCUUCUCUGCCUCUUGUUACAUGCGCAAGACUGUUACUUUCUUUCUUCAGUUCAGUUCUCUGAUCUAGAUUCCCGACUCGAUCCGCAUCCAUUCCAUUCCCAAACCUAACCUAUUACUACUACAUUACUUCCGUGCGUGUAUCCCGAUCGACAAAGAUUUAAUUUUGUAUCCCGGGCAGCUCCUCUCUCUUUAUCUUCUCCGGCGGCGGCGACUUCCCGCAUUGGUUGCCUCAGUCAGUGUCCAGGCCGAGCCCGAGGCAACACCAGAGAAAAAACACGAUCGAUGGGUGCGGAUAGAUCCGAGACACGGAAAAGGACAAUGGCGGCAGCGGAGGACGACACUACCCCCCAAGGGGAGCAUCACGACCAGCGGAAGAAGCCGAAUCUGCUGGAGACGGCGGAUCCCGACGAGGACGAGGAAGAGACGGCGCUUGACGAGGAAUCAGAUGACCAAGAUCGUUUUCCUGAUACGAUCUACUUCCAUCCUCCGACCAGGUUCAAUACGCCAGAACUUUUACCCCUUCGUGAACCUGGAACCAAGGCAGUGCGCUCUGCCUCCAAAUUUCUUGUUGGGCUUUCAUCAUCUCUUGACGGCGAGCAACUUAACUGGUGUUCUGGUUUCUGGAUCGAUUGGAACCAGGGCAGCAGGACCGCCAUUGUCUUGACGACCGCGCAUCUGAUUCGCACAGAGGAGCCGGAACGGGGGGACUCCGUCUGGUUAGAAGAACAAGAGUAUGCUCCUCAUGCUAAUGUUACUGUUCACUUGCUGGACGGCAACACUGCAGAGGGCCAGCUGCUCUACCACCAGCCGCAUUAUGAGCUUGCCUUUUUCAGGGUUACACUGGAUCAACCUAUUCCGUUACCGUGUUUCAACGAAGAAGUGAAGUUUGCUCAAGAUGUCCUUCACCUCGGAAGAGACAAAUCAUUGGAUCUAAGGAUAACCCAGGGCAGGGCAGCAUACUUGAAUCCAGUGCACACUGAGCGAUACCACUACGUGUACUUGCGUUCUGAAGGUUAUCAACAGAUUACGAACGGGGGGAUUACCCCCCGUUCCUCGAAAGGAAAAGAUUAUCAACAGAUUGCUCGCAAGUAUGACGACGGAGGGCCAGUAGUUGAUCUUGAUGGAAAAGUUGUGGGACUGUUCAACCCUAGUUCGAGAGAGAGAGGGUCCUUUAUACCUUCUUCUAUUUUGCUCAAGUGCUGGGAUUCAUGGAAGAAAUACGGGGCAAUCUUUCGACCUCACCUUGGAUUGACUUUUGAGGCUAUCAAGCUGCUAGAGCCCGGUCACGUUGAUAAGAUAUGGCAUAUGUAUAACAUUGAGGACGGUCUUGUCGUCCAAGAGGUGUCAAAAAGAUCUUGUGCACAGAAACUUGGGAUCCGAGAAGGUGAUAUAAUUGAAAGUUUUAAUGGGGAAUGCAUUUCUACUACAUUGGAGUUGGAGAACAUGUUAUUGAGUAUAUGCAAGGGCCCUUUUGGCGACCUUAAUGCCAAAGUUGAUAUUUCGGUUGGGGUAUUUCAUAUCCGCAAACAACUCCGGAGGAACGUAGUGUUGACUGCAAAUGUAUCUGAGCAUGGAGAAAUUGUGCGAGGUCCUCGUUUCUCUUGAACUAGGGGUCAGGAAACGGAGAUGUCAGUUUGCUGGAUGCUCUGAUGUUAACUUAACUAGACUUAUAUGCUAGAUUUUCUGGAAGUUGUCGUUUUGGACUGUAUUUACAUAUAUUUUCUUAGAUUAUGCCAGUAGAUUAUCUCGAGAAGUGAUUUCACAGUAUCAUCAUAUUGUUGGGUUUUAUCGAUGUGCUUCCUGCAUCAAUAUGUAAUUCGGUGUAGUGUUUAUGAAGACGAUGUCUAAAUUAAAUCGGCUGCAUAAAUACAGACUCUGCUUUCACUACACCAAAUCUCUUGCUAGUGGAUUUGUAUAGUCACUUACUUUGGGACGGUUUGAGUAAGUACAAGGAAAGAAUGAAGAAGGGGAAGAGGGACAAGUAAG